CAAAAUCUCUCUCUCUUCUUUCCUUGUGCAGGCACUGCAUAGUAGAUCCAUUCUUUCAAGUGCACAUAGGCUGAUCUUUACCAUCUCUGCUCCGAUAGAUUCAUCUUUGCCCUGUCUGUGGGGUUUUGUAUUGGAGCCAGGGCAUUGACAGAUCAUCUACACACACUCUCUCAUCCGGAGAGGAUCCUGGCUCGUGUCUGUCGUUCUACCACAUCUUCACUAAGCUUAACAUAAAUUUCCUUGUUUGCCUUUCCAUACUCUUUCCGUGUCCGUAUCAGGACCGAGCAACUCGCAAUCACGAUGUUCAACGAUCAUGAUCAUGUUCCGCCGACAUCGUCACAGUCAGAUUCUGGCUUUUUUGAACAAGAGAUGAAGAAAUCUCCUCGACUAAGCCUUCGUGGGCGCCUACGGCACUUCACCUGGGCCUGGUACACCUUGACGAUGAGCACCGGUGGACUGGCUCUUCUGAUUGCUAGUCAGCCCUAUACCUUCAAGGGAAUGAAGGGCAUUGGGAUGGUCGUUUAUAUUAUCAAUCUUCUGUUAUUCGCUCUUGUGUGUUCUCUGAUGGCGCUGAGAUUCAUUCUGCAUGGCGGUUUCCUUGACAGCCUGCGCCACCCUCGCGAGGGUCUCUUCUUUCCUACCUUCUGGCUAUCCAUUGCAACGAUCAUCACCGGCUUGCAUCGUUACUUCGGCUCCAACGACCUAGAGUCGUACCUCAUCGCACUCGAAGUCCUCUUCUGGGUCUACUGCAGUUGCACCCUUGCCACAGCCGUGAUCCAGUACUCAUUUCUCUUCGCUGCCCACUCCUACGGCCUCCAGACAAUGAUGCCCUCCUGGAUCCUACCAGCCUUCCCAAUCAUGCUCAGCGGAACCAUUGCCUCCGUCAUCGGCGAAUCCCAGCCCGCGCGAUCCGCCAUCCCCGUCAUCACCGCCGGCGUUACAUUCCAGGGCCUCGGCUUCUCCAUCAGCUUCAUGAUGUACGCCCACUACAUCGGCCGGCUCAUGCAGUCAGGGCUUCCCUGCCGCGAACACAGACCGGCCAUGUUCAUCUGCGUGGGGCCUCCGGCUUUCACCGCGCUAGCUCUAGUAGGGAUGGCCAAGGGCCUGCCCGAGGAAUUCAAGGUUCUCAACGACGCACACGCCAUCGAGGACGCCCGGAUCCUCGAGCUAAUGGCAAUCAUCGUCGGCGUGUUCCUCUGGGCCCUGAGUCUCUGGUUCUUCCUCAUUGCCCUUGUUGCCGUCGUCCUGGCCCGGCCUACUGCGUUCCAUCUGAGCUGGUGGGCCCUGGUCUUCCCUAACACCGGUUUCACCUUGGCCACCAUUACCCUGGGGAGGGCAUUGGGUAGCCCUGGCGUCUUGGGCGUUGGCUCGGCAAUGUCAGUCGGUAUUGUCUGCAUGUGGGUCUUCGUUUUCGUCUACCACAUUCGUGCCGUCAUCAGACAAGACAUCAUGUACCCCGGCAAGGAUGAGGACGUGGUAGAGUAAAGGCCACCCGCAAACAAUCACUCUGUCAAUGACCUUCAACUGCUACAAUCUCGCAAAUUCUCUUUUUUUUUGAUAUACUUUCUAGCGUUGUUUCUUUCAUCCUGUUCGAAAGAACUCCCCGUUUACCUCACCUCUGCUCUCUCUUCCGUUUUUCAUUCGGUGGAAUCCUUCACUGUUUCGCUUUCAAAACUUCAAUCGGCGUAUGCUGCAUUCCAAAAGGCGUUGGGGUGCACAAGCCAGUCUCAUUCUGUCAUGGUCGAUUUUCUGUUCAGCACCAAUGCUUCCUCAUUUAUGUUUAUUGUAUGGAAGUCUGCUUUUGGAGUCUAUCAUGUUUUCUUGUUAUUUG